AUGCGCGCUCUCCUCCGCCUCCGCCGCCGGCUGCCUCUGCCCAUAUCUACGAGGGCCUUCUCGCCGUCUCCUCCUUCCUUUGGACCCCAUGAGAUCCCCACCGUCUACUCCUUCCUCCAGCCUUCCGUCUUCGCGCCGCGGCCGAAACCCCAGCCGCCGCCGCCGCCCACUACGCCUCCCGCCCCAGGCCGCGCACCCAAGUCGCUGCCCGUCGGCGACGCCGUCGCGCUCGAGGACGAACUACUCGCCGCCGUCUCUGAGGACCGCUCGGACGACGCAUGGCUCGCGUUCAGGUCCCUUGCGUCGGCCUCCCUGUCGCUCUCGCCUCCCGCCGCCGCGGCGCUCGUCUCCCACCUCGCCGCGGCGCACCACCGCCUCGGCCUCAAGCGUGCAUUCGCGGCCGCUGUGUUCCUGCUGGAGAAGAGCCCCCACGCGGAACCCGUCCCGGAGGCCGCCCUGCAGGCCGUCUUUACUUCACUCGCCGCAGCGGGCUCCGCUGCUCCGGCUCUGGCCCUCGUGCGCGCUCUUCUGCGCUGCGGGCGCCGACUCCCGCCUUUCUCCACCUGGGGCUCCCCGCUUGUAGAGGUCACGCGCGCUGACACGGGCGCCUUUGCAGCCUUCUUGAAGGUCUUCGACGAGGCCUGCAAGCAAGUGGUGGCGGAGAAAUCCCCUUCAUCGGCAGCGGCAAUCCGUCCUGACCUUUCUUCCUGCAAUGCUAUUCUUGGUGGCUGCUGCCGCCUGCUCGGCUCAGUCACAGACGCUGAGAGGGUAUUGGAAACCAUGUCGGCUAUUGGAGUGUCACCAGAUAUGGAUAGCUUUGGAUGCCUUGCGUUCUUGUAUGCUUGGAGAGGCAUUCCAAGCCGCGUCGAUGAGCUCGAUAACUUGCUGGAUGCUUUAGGAUUCAGCAAGAAGACUUUUUUCAAGAAUUUGAUCAGUGGGUAUUUGAAAAGCUGCAGCUUUGAGUCAGUUUCAUCAGUCAUUCUUCGUGCAGUGGAGGAGAGAAGAGUUGGGGAUGGCAGCGCAUUCGAUUUGGAAAGCUAUACAGAGGUUGCACAGUUUUUUGUUGAUAGUGGGAGGAUCAGGGAAUUAGCUCAAUUGAUCAUCAAAGCACAGGAAACUGAGUCACUUCAGCAAUCGCUGGCGGUUGAGGAUUCUGUUGGGUUUGGGAUUGUCAACGCUUGUGUUGAGCUUGGCCUAUUGAACAAAGCUCAUAGUAUACUCGAUGAAAUGACUGCUCAAGGAGCGUCUGUGGGGCUUGGUGUAUAUUCCUCAAUCCUGAAAGCAUAUUGCAAGGAGCAAAGGACUGCAGAGGCUGCACAGCUCGUCUCAGAGAUUAGUGCGGCAGGGAUACAGCUUGAUGCUGGCAGUUACGAUGCUCUUAUUGAUGCUUCUAUGACAGCCCAUGAUUUCCUAUCUGCAUUUUCUCUCUUCAAGGAGAUGCGAGAGGCGAGGCUACCAGAUCUUAGGACAAGCUAUCUUACUAUAAUGACAGGCUUGACAGAGAACAACCGUCCUGAGCUUAUGGCAUCAUUUUUGGACUCAGUGGUUGAUGACCUGAGGAUAGAAAUUGCAACGCAUGAUUGGAACUCAAUAAUACAUGCCUUUUGCAAGGUUGGCAGGUUAGAAGAUGCUCGAAGGACAUACCGAAGGAUGGUAUUCCUGAGGUAUGAACCAAAUAAUCAGACCUACCUUUCGCUAAUCAAUGGGUAUGUCUCAGCCGAGAAAUACUUUAGUGUGCUUAUACUAUGGACAGAAGUGAGGAGGAAGGGGGCUGAUUUCAACCAUGAGUUAAUUGAUGCAUUUCUGUAUGCAUUGGUCAAGGGUGGAUUUUUUGAUAUGGCAAUGCAAGUGAUUGAGAAAGCACAGGAGUUGAAAAUAUUUUUGGAUAAGUGGAGACACAAACAAGCGUUUAUGGAGACUCACAAAAAACUGAAAGUAGCAAAGCUGAGAAAGCGAAAUUUCAGGAAAAUGGAAGCUCUGAUCGCAUUCAAGAACUGGGCUGGUCUUAAUGCAUGACCUUAAAAUCUUUUCAGUCUAUCAUGAUUGACUUAUUGACACGUGUUUAUCUGAGAUGGCAUCCCAAAGUCCUUUUGGGAGUAGCAGCAGCGGACCUUCAGAAUUGAACAAACAAGGGGCUUUGUGAUCAUGUAAAUUCUGACAAGGAUGUCCACAGAUGCAGAAAAACCUGUUCAUCCAAGAAAAAUAAAGACAACAACACAAAUGAUCAGAUUCUCCCCAGAAAGGAGUCGCCAUACUGCAACAUAGAAUUAACAAACAAGGGAUACCCACAGCCUUGUGAUGAUUAACCAUUUUUUUUGGCAAGUGUAUUUUCAGCAGAAUGCAUAACAAGUGGUAGUAGUAGAGAUGGAUAUACUUAGAAAUACUUUGCUGUGGUAGAAAUAAUAAACUGUUAACUCUCAAUAAAUGAUGUGUGCUUCAA